GUGAUGCAAUAUCUUUGGCCGCCACUGUAUGUGCGGCCGAAUCGGCUGAGGAUUAUAUGAUCCUCUUUGGUAUCUUGUUUGAAUCAUUAACUUCAAUAUGUCCUUCUGCUUUUACUUUGAUUGGUUUUUCUGUUGGUGUUUCCGUUGGUGCAGUUUCGUUUUUAUGUUUUUCAUGCGCUAAGGAAGCAGGAUUUAUAGCCAGAAUAAUGGAAUUAGAACAAAAUGCCGAAAAGCGAGACUAA